AUGUCUGACGUCCACAACACCACUGCCGCACCGGCAGACGCUCCCAUUCUUGCCGAGCCCGUUGUCGUCAAGCCCGCAGAGACCAUUGUCGACCCCGUUGAGGAGGCCGCAAAGCCCGAGACUGCCGCUGUCACAGAGACUCCUGCAGUCGCUGCCACCGAGCCUACCACCACCGAGGCCGUCGCAACUGAGGCACCCGCUGCCGUUGAGGAGGUUCCCGUCGCCGAGUCCGCACCCGCCGUCGAGGCUGCUGCUCUCGCCGCAGAGGAGAAGCCCGCUACUGCCACCGCUGAGGAAUCCAAGGCUAUCGAGUCUGGCGUCCUCGGCUACAAGGCUCCCGGUCUGAUCAAGAGCUUGAAGUUCUCUAAGAGAACCUUCUGGCUGGGUGAGGAGCCCGUCUCAGUCGAGAACCUCAGCACCUACCUUCGUGGUGAGAAGCCCGAGACCGGUAACGCUACCGCUGCUUGGUCGAGCCACACCGGCAAGGGCCUCCUCUACUUCGUCAAGCACGCCGAUGAGAAGAAGCACCCCCAGGGUGUCCUGAACCUGUCCGAGGCCACUGACCUCGAGAAGGCCACCGGUCAUGAGUUCACCUUCAAGAUCCACCACCACAAGCACGCCUUCAAAGCCGCUAACGACGCCGAGCGCGAUGCCUGGUUCGUCGCCGUCGAGAAGGCCAUGACUGAGGCCAAGGCCAACAAGGACACCAUCACUUCCAGCGAGUCAUACAAGGAGUCCCUCGCCGGUCUCGUCAAGUCCCACACUCCUCACGCCGCUGCUGGCCGCAAGAGUAUGGACGCCUCCAGACCUCGCGCCACUUCCAGCUCCAGCUCAUCCUCAUCUGACGCCGAGGCCGCCGCAAAGAAGGCCAAGAAGAGCCGCUCUGCCUCCCGUAGCGGCAAGCGUCACAGCAUCUUCGGCGGUAUCAUGGGCAAGAAGGCCGAGCACGACGCCGAGAAGGAAGAGAAGAAGGAGGAGAAGGCCGAGGAGAAGGCCAUUGAGGCUGACAAGCCCGCCACCGAGGCUGUUGAGGAGCCCGUCGCCGCCGAGACCGUUGCUCCUCUCGAGGCUGAGGCCAUUGCUGCCCGUGUUAUCGACGCACCUAUCGAGGAGGCCAAGGUCGCCGAGGAGAAGCCCGUCGAGCCUGUUGCCGAGGUUGCCGCCACCGAGGUCCCUGCCAACGUUGAGGAGGUUCCCGUUGCUGAGUCUGCUGCCCUUGUCGAGGCUGCUGCCCUUGCUGCUGAGGAGAAGCCGCUCGAGGCUGCUGUCGCCACCGAGGAGAAGCCCAUUGUCAACAGCGUUUCAUCCAAGCCUAUCGAGGAGAAGAAGAAGACCGAGGAGAGACCCAAGACCAACAAGCGCAGCAGUUUGUUCGGUGCCUUCUUCGAUAAGGUCCGCAGCCCUGCUACCGAGAAGAAGGAGAGCGAGGUCGCUCCCGUCGUCCCCGCCAAGGAGACCGUCGUCUCGGCUGAGCCUCCUGUUCUCGCUGAGCCCACCACUGAGAACUUCAACCUCGACCCCUCCGCCGUCGAGACCGCCGCCGCUCCUGCUGUUGCCGAACCCGUCACUGAGGCUCCCAAGGAGGUCGAACUUGAGUCUAACAAGGUUGAGACUCCUCUUCUCACCCCCAACACCGAGCGCAAGCAAAGCUUCUUCGGCAGCUUGGCCAAGAAGGCCAGAUCCAAGAGCCCCGCUCCUGGUGCUUCGACUGAGGCUCCUGCAGUCCCUCCUAAGGAUGAUGAGGUUGUCGCCGCUGCUCCUGUUGUCGAGGCCCCUGCUGCUACCACCGAGGUCGCUGCCGAGAAGCCCGUCGAGGAGACCAUUGUUCCUUCCACUGAGACCAAGAUCGAGACUCCUAAGACUGCCACUCCCAAGGAGAGCCGCCGCAAGUCGUACUUCGGUGGUUUCGGUGGUGCCAAGAAGGAGAAGACUGACGUCGAAAGCCCUCAAGAGGACAAGUCGAUGCUCGGCAAGGUGACUGGUCUUUUCCGCACCAAGUCCCAGGCUGCUCGCCCCGUCAAGAAGGAGAACGUCGCUCCUACCGAGCCCGUCCCUGCCAUUCCCGCCACCGAGGCUGCCACCACCGAGUCCACCGUCGUCGACACCCCCGCCGUCGCUGAGCCCAAAGUUGAGGAGUCCGCCGUCGAGUCUGCCGCUCCCGUCACCGAGAGCCAGCACACUCCUGCCAACCCCACCGUGUCCGCCGCUGCGUAG